AUUUAAGUCGUGAGAUAGCUUUGAUUUCGAAGAUUUGAACCACACAUUUCAGUUGGAGCUUAGGAGCCUUGUAAUCUGAAGGUGGGAAAGAGGGAAAGAGAGAGUGAGGGGUCGAAGCGGGAAAUGGCGAAUUCCAUGUACAGAGCUUCGAUUCUUCAAUCUCAGAUGCAUAUCCAACCCAGUUUAUCGAGCAGAAAUUUUGUUCCCAAGAAGAGUAACUUGCUCUGUUUCGCUUCAUCACAAUUCAACCCUGUUCGGUCGGAAGUGAGUUUUUGUAUCGGAACUCACCUCAUUCCUCAUCCAAAAAAGGUGGAGAGAGGAGGGGAAGAUGCUUUCUUUGUUAGCAACUUCAAUGGGGGAGUUAUUGCUGUUGCUGACGGUGUCUCCGGUUGGGCUGAACAAAAUGUGGACCCUUCAUUAUUCUCCAAGGAACUGAUGGCUAAUGCUUCAUCUCUUGUGGGGGAUGAGGAGGUUAAUUUCGACCCCCAGAUCCUCAUAAAGAAAGCACAUGCUGCUACUUCCUCUAAAGGCUCGGCUACUGCUAUCGUUGCAAUGCUAGAGAGGAAUGGAAUGAUGAAGGUUGCCAACGUAGGUGAUUGCGGAUUAAGAGUCAUCCGCAAAGGGCAGAUAAUCUUUUCAACCUCUCCACAAGAACAUUACUUUGACUGUCCAUAUCAACUGAGCUCGGAGUUGGUUGGCCAAACCUAUCUUGAUGCGGUGGUUAGCAGUGUGGAAUUAGUGGAAGGAGACACCAUCAUAAUGGGUUCAGACGGGCUGUUUGACAAUCUUUUUGAUCGUGAAAUCGUUUCAACAUUGUCCAUACACAGUGACGUUGUCAACGCUGCGAAGGCAUUGGCUAACCUGGCAAGCAAUCAUUCCAUGGAUUCAAGCUUCGAUUCUCCCUACUCACUGGAGGCCAGAUCCAAGGGUUUUGAUGUUCCUUUCUGGAAGAAAAUUCUCGGGAUGAAGCUAACAGGUGGAAAGCUUGAUGAUAUCACUGUGAUCGUGGGUCAGGUUGUAACCUCACCAAGCACCGCUAUCUCGGAUGGGAUUCCCAAAACAGAGGUACAGGGAACAGAAGGGGUUUGGAGAGGAGAACGACAAAAUACACUGAACAAUUUGUAAUCAAUUCUAGGAUUUAAUUGGAUUCCAUUCGAAUA